AUGCCCUUCACCCCCCUCCUCUGUGUGUUGGCUCUGCUGCCCUUGCAAGCUGGAGCUUUUCAAGAGAAUCGCAUUGAACACAUCACCGUAGUGGAGGGACAGAGUUUAGACCUACACUGUGUUGUGGCUGGGGACAGCCAAUCUGCGCUUGAAUGGAAGAGCCCUUCUGGGUUUCUGAUUUUUUUCAACACCUGGCAAGGUUUAAGAGAUCCGAGGUAUAAGCUUAUUCAUUUUUCAGAGGAUGGUUUAUCUAUUCGUCUCACCAACGUAACGAAGCAUGACAAAGGACUAUACAGUUGUUUCCACUACAGUGAGCCAAUCAAAGUAAAGCAGGUGAACGUCACCAUCUUAGAUGUCCCCUUCAAAACUCUGUUGGAAGUGUCAAGAAUUAGAGUUCCCAACAAAGAAGAAAAGGUUAUUUUAACAUGCUCCACCUGGGGUCACAGGCCCCGUCCUCGGAUUACUUGGCUGCUGGACAAUGGGGUGGAAGUCUUCGGUAUGUCUCAAAUAGCUUCCAAGAACUGCAAUUCGACCAGCGUCCUCACCGUCCAACGAUACUCCCCGAAUUCUGCCAUUUCUUGUGUUAUUCGCCACAGAGUUCUUAGAGGAGGAAACGUAACACUGACUUUACACCUCAAGGACAUCAGAAUAAACCUGACCUACGAAGGAACCGUCAUGAAGAAACCAAACAUUUUGUUACCAGUCCUUGUGACAGCGUUGCUGUUUGCACUGCUCAUCAUUGUCCUUCUCUUCAUGGUGAAACUGUGGAAGGCACACAGAGACUGGAGGAAAGAAAACGAUGUUUCAGAACAGACCCUGGAGAGUAACAGAUCCAGGCCAAACGAAGACCAGCAUGGACAGGAGAAGAAUGGGCACGAGAAGAAAAUAUCAAUACAUAAUAUUUGUUUAUUUUAUCCAGUAGUCACUUGGAAGACCAGCAAAAAGUAUGUAAUUCAAAGAUCAUGUAUGAGGACAUCGAAGGAUUCAGAAGAGAGUCAAGAUUCAUCUGUCUUCGAGAAACAACUGCCCUAUGUUAAAGAAACUGAUCUGUAA